AUAAUUCUUUUCCUGCAUUUAAAAAUAAAUAAAAUUCUAUAAUAAGAUACUCUAGAGAACAGAAACUACAUAUCCACUCUUAAAAGCUUAAUGCAGACAUAACAAAGUAAAGAAUUUGAAGAUUAAAGACUUCAAGUACAGAAUAUAUACGAAAAAGCUAGCACCUAACAAAUACCAAAGCAAAAACAACAAGCAAAGUACAAAAAUGAAAGAAGAAAACGUAGGCAAAAACAAAAACGCUUUCAAUUUAACAUAUGAAACUAAGCCAGUGCGCGCUGUGAGAUGAUACAAUUCGUAAGAAGUGUUGCAGCAACAACAAAUUAACAAAUAAAAUUUUAAAUUAAAUAAAGAGCGAAGUGACGAAAUACAGACAAACAAAAGCUGACAAGAUACAUUACUACAUUCUAGUGAAAUCCGCCAGUAGCAACAGCCAAACACACACAUUUCCAUAUACAUACAUACAUAUAUGCAUGAGCGCGUAUUCACGUAUGCACACAUCUUUGAGCAUAUUUACAAAUCUACACCUAUGUACAUAUACUAAAGUGUUGAGGAAUUAGUAUUAUACAUAUAUAUGUAUGUAACCGCGCGCGGCGGCGAGUCAAGUAGCGGGUGGAUAGGUAGGUAAGCAGCGAAUUCGAAAGAGGUGAAGACACGUUGCUGGGUUAUCUAUUGUACGUAUGUGCCUAUUAAGAUGUAUGUGUGGCAUUUUGUUAUGUUGGGAUAAAAUGAAAAAUAUAAAUAAAAUAAGAAAAAAUACAGUAAAAAGGCAAAUGAAACUGCUUGUGUAAAAACAAAGCGUCAACGACGCGAAAUUGCAUAGUUCAGCGUCAUAUAGUGCAUACGUGCACCCUACGAGCAUAAAAUUGCAGCAACAACAAUUGAAAUGUGUAACAAUUGCCGCGCAGCACACACAAUUCACCUACACUCACACACACACGCGCGCGCGCGCACCUACAUACGCACGAGCAACAGCAGCCGCACAAAAAAUUAACAUCUUUUACAACAAAUUCGACGCAUACAUCCCCCACCCAAGUAACCCACUCGACAAGCUUAGCCAACGACAAACAAAAUCAAAACAUAAUACAAAAUUGCUCAGCUCACCGGCAAACAGCCGAAAUUUACUUGAACGAACAGGCGGACGAACUCUUACAACCCACUAGCAGUGGCCGAGCAACAUAGCCGGCUAGGCAACCAUCCACCAGCUCAAAGCAUGCGGCGGACGCGCGCGCUCGUGCAUUAGCCAAGAAGCCGAAAAAAAGGCGAGCGACAACGAAUCACGCGUCGAGAGUGAGCGAGCGGCGUGGUGGUGCGUAAAGGCACGCACACAUUGACAAAUCACCAGCAAGCAGCAAGCAACCCACUAAACUGCUAAACUGCCAACAUUGUGCGCCCCAAAGUGUGAGAAGUGAUGGCGCUGCCAAUGGUGCUGGUGGUGGGACGACGACGUUGUGUAUAUGUGGAGCAAUUGCUAAGCGCUGAGCGUGGAACGUGAAGCGGCUGCGUGUGUGAGUGUGUGUUUGUGGUUUGCCGCAUCGGAGCAGCUUGCCGUCUGAUAACUCAUUAGUAUGCCGACGCGUUCCAAGCGGUACGGUGCGUUUCACAAACGGGGUGCGAACAGUAGCAGCAGCAGACGAAGCGUUCAAGAGGCCGACAAGUGACACAAGCAAAUUCAAAUUGCAAUUGUACAAGUCAAAGUCGAAAGCUAAAUCAGAGCCAAUAGUAACAACAAAAAAUUGCCAGUAGCAAUAAAUUACUAAAAAAAAAAGAGUGAAUAAAUGGUGUUUAAGAAGUUAAUUUUUUAUUGAAAUAUAAUGCAAUUUGCAACUGUGUGUUGGUGCUGGCAUGCUGCAGUGAAUACGCGAUUCUAUUUUUGUUUUUGUUGUUAAAGCCAACAUUUUACAGCUUUAUUCGGCGACAAUUGCCUAAGCGGCGCAGACACGCGGCUCUAGUGGAAAACGGAAAACGCGCGCGCACGCAGUUCAAAAGCUAACGGAGCGCAGCUAGCUGGACAGUGCGUUCGGGUCAAGCGCGCCAUGCCGCCCAAGAGAGGCUGUACCAAGCUUACGAGCAGUGAAGCAACUGAUGUGUGCAAUGUUUCAAGUGCGAGUUGCGCGUAGGCGACGAACUUUUAAUGCAGACGUGUAACGCGAUAACUCUUGCCGACUCAAAAAUUCGAAAAAAUAUAGCUGAAAAUUUUCAAAAUAUAUAUUAACAAAAAAAAAUAAUGUGUAAAACGAAAAUUUUUUCUGUGCUAAAAAGAAAAUUAGUGUUCCAAAGUGAAUUUCACAAUUUUUUUCCAUUAAAAAAUUUUAACUUAGAAAUUCCUAACCAACAUAAAUAUUUGUGUUAAAUAAAUGCUAAAUGUUAUGCUAUAUGUUGUUUAAGAGAGCAAACGAAAAAUUAAAACGUGCAUAAAUAAUAUGAAAGUGCACAACUCGAAAGUAAAAGGAAAAGCAAAGUGCAAGCGACAACAACAAGCGGAAUUAAUAUUUGCUAUUUAUGUGUAAAAUAAAAGUAGCCAACGCGAUGCGAGCAAAACUGUCACGCGUUAAGCGUUUUUGUGAAAAUGUGAAAAUUCGAAAGAUUCGGCCCAAGUGUCUGCUAGCCGCAGUGUUUUGUGCAAUUGUAUAAUCAUUUGCGAAGAUUGGCUGAAUUUUUUUCGAAAAAAAAAUUUUAAAAAAAAAUAUAUAUACAAAAAAGCAAUAUUAGCUUUUUCUGGCCAGACGAGUGCAAAUAAAAGUCAACUAAAGUCAAGAAAUAUUAACCACCGGCGUACCACGAGCGGCAAAUUUCACUGGCGAAAGGAAAAAAGUUACAUAAGAGACUUAGGCAUUUUUCCAUUUUCUAAACGUUUUGCAUACAACAACAACAGCAAUAAACAACAACUACUUAUAUUUAAAAUCGUGUUUAACUGAAUAAAUAAUAGUGAUAACGAUAAGAAUCAUCAAGAGAAUAACAAACAAACAGUGCUUCUAGUGGCGUAAGGGCGCAUGCGCGCAAACAACAAUUGGCCACGCCAACGUUUGAUGCCAAUGCGUUUGACAAAUAAAUUACUCCAACGCUGUGUGAAUAUUACUAUGGCCAGGAGAUCGACGUCUAUGCAAAGUGAGCAAAAAUGCAUUAUCAACGCGGAAGACGAAGAUGAAAAGCAACGACAAUUAAAAUUGUAUUGUGUAAAAUAUUGCAACAAUAUGGUGACCUAAAUACUUGGUACACGAACAAAAAAGUUAAAGCCAUAAAUAAAUCACUAUAAAUAUAUUUAUCAAAAAAAAAGUAAUAAAAAUCGUAAUAAAAAACAAAAAUUAAAAUAUAAAAUAAAAAGUCGCGUGCAUAAAAUAAGUGACUUGAAAAAAGUAUAUUUUCCGAAAUUUCAGAGUCAGCAACAGUAAAUUUCCAGUUCAAGAUAUCCAGCUUCGAAAAAAGUAAAAGUUAAUUGUAUUGAUUUAUUUUGCAUACAAUCAAUAAGUUAAACGGCGAAAGAAAAAUUACGUGCAUUAUAACUGUGAAUACAUAUAAAUCUACAAGUAUAUAAAACGCAUAAAUACAUACAUAUAUCAGCACAUAAAUAUAUUAAAAGAAAAAACAAGUAUUUUGUAGCACAAGGUGUCAAUAAUAAAUUAUCAUUUUGUCAAUUAAAAAAAACUAAAAACCUGCUAGUUAACUGCCCGACUCCCAAAACCUUAACAGCAAAACCAAAAAUAAAAAUAAAAAUACAACAACCACCGCGCGUUCAAACCUGUGCGACUUUUGGGCCCGCGAAAGCAAGAAAAAUAGGAUUUAAAUAUUUUAAUACCGACCAACGCUGCAACGUCUCCACUACGAGUUUCAUUUUUGUAGCGAGGACAGUGUCGCACAACUAAUACGACAUACGCGCCUCUCGCGCCCCAUAACCAAAGCAAGCGCAAUUGAGGCGUCUUCCGACCCUUCACAAUUUUGUGUAAAAAUUUCAGCUUUUACGCGCGUUUGGUUAGCGGCGAGCGUUAUUGGCUUAACGCCGGUUAUUUAUCUCGUUCAUGCGAAGGAAUUUACGCGUGUAUUGGAGGGCCCUAGCGCUGCUGGGUGCCCUCCUUUCGAUAAUCAUUGAUUGGACGGGUAUUAUGGUGUGUGCGUUGCCAGUGACUCAACAGCAGCCCAGAACAACAACAAGUGCGACGACAUUGCAACAUCAGGGCGCUGAUGCAAUGGAUAAAUUAAUGGCGGCGAAUGCGACUUAUGAUGCGAGCGCCGCACUUCAGAAUGCAACAAACACCUACCGCAGCGUUGAUGAUAGCGGGCACCAUGUUGUUGUUGCAGAUGGCGUGUCAGUAAAUGGAAAUUUCACAUUAAACAUUAAUUUAAAUACAAAUCGAAAUAGUAGCCAUAGCAGUAACUAUAGUGAAAAUGAGCAAGAGCGAGAGCAGACGAAGCAGGAAGCGGAGCUUAUGUCGGCAAAACUGUCAAAAAGCCGUCAAGCGAAAAAUGCCAACACCAUUAUUGGCGCUAAUGUGAACAGCAAACGCUUAGAUGGCAGAGAAAGCAUGCGCCAUGCGGGCGCUGAUCAAAUGCGUGCGCAAAACGCGCCACCAACCUCCAACGACGAUCAGUUGCACAAUGCGCAACGCAUCAAAAUGCUGAAUUUAAUAUCAAACAAACGUAAGCGUAAAAAAAGCAGCGACAGCGAGCUGGCUAACAGCAGCAACAGCCAUGCAAACACAGAUCAGCCGGCGAAAACAACAGUCGCCGAUGAUCAUCAUACUACCACAACAACCACCGCCACAACACCACUUAGUUUUAGUGAAAAUAGUAUAAGCAAUAAAUAUUUAAUUACAAAUAAUAGUAAUCCUAAUGAAAAUCUAUCAAUGGCCGCGGCGCCAAAACGAACGUUAAACAAUCUCGAAACUACUACUUUUACAACGACAACAGCUAUGCCUAGCAAUGCUAAUAAUAACAUUGCUAAUAGUUAUGUAAACUAUGUUGAAGAGCAAGUGCAAGCCACCAUUGAUGAUGCGCCCGAUGAUGAGGCGUCAUUAUUUAGUAAAAUGCUCACUAGCACUAGCGCCAGCAAUUAUGAGGAUCAGUAUGAGAGCGCGAGCCGCUCGAGCAUAUCCUACUCCUAUACAACAGCGUCGCCCGACAAUGACGAUACACUGCUGAACGCAGCAGUAGGGGCGCCACAAUCAACCGCCUUCACAAUCGCCUCAGCGCAUGAUACCGCCCUACUGCUGUCACGCACGGAGCGCAGUGUGCCUCAACCUGCGCCGGUAUUAACGCAGGCGAAGGUCAGCGCGAGUGGGCGCGCUGUACGCCAUCAUGGCGGCGCCAAUAAUGGCGGCAUAGUGCGACGUUCCUCUGACGGUAGUCCGAAAUCGAGAAGACUGAACAAUUUUAGAAACUUAAAUGGCAGCAGGCACGCGCACAAUAAUUUGGAUCGCAACGAGCGCUCGACCAUCUCAAACUUGUCGGGUUUGUCGCGCAAAAUCCAGAUCUACAUCAAGAAUCGCUUCAUACAAUUGCUGCCGGACGGUACGGUGAAUGGUACACAAGACGAACAAAGUGAUUACACCAUACUGCAACGUUCGACUGUCGAUGUGGGACGCAUCAAAAUCCAAGGCGUUGCCACCUGCCUGUAUUUGUGCAUGGAUGCAUGUGGCGCUGUUUAUGGCUCGAAAGAAUUUACCGACGAUUGUGUGUUCAACGAGAACAUGGAGCAGCACAACUACAACACCUAUUCGUCCACCUACAAUUCGAAUGCGCGGCGCGUCUACUACUUGGCGUUGAAUCGGCACGGCGAGCCGCGUAAGCUGCAAAUACCGUCAACCCGCUCGCUUGGCAAAUUAGCCACCUAUACAAAUGCCAUCACCGAAACGGUGGAGGAGGUACGCGUCGAACAGCUAAUAGCGAAGAAUUUCGGCGAGAAUCGCAUUAAGCACGGCAUACGCCAACUCUGUGAUACGGGCAAACCAUUGGUCGACCUAAUCGAUAGCAAACACUUCAAAGCGCUCCCCAAGUGCAAUCCAAAUUUUAGUAAUAACAAUAGCGGUAGCAAUAGUAAUAGUAGUAGUAGUAGCAAAAAGAGUAGUAGCAGCAGUAGUAGUCUUUUAGGUAGUGAUAGUGAUAGUCCUAGCGGUAGUAGUAGUAUUAGCGAACAAACAAUGAACAACGUUCCUGCUGCCAAUGAAAGAGGCGUGUCACAAAGCAGCACAGUCACAAAUAGCCAUAGCAACCAAAACGGUCGGGGUGGCCAGCGGGGCGCCCACACGUCCAAUAGUUUGAUUAGUAGUAUUAGCAAUAGUUCGAUGGCGAGUAAUGAUGGCCAUACUAGUGGUAAUAGUAGUCAGAGUGGUCCCAGCCGUCAGAAUCACAAUGGUGGUGGUGGCAAGAAGAAGAAGAAGCGGCGAAAGUGCCGAGCGCACGAGAACGAGGAAGAACACAAUUGCCAAAGGAGUCCCUUAGCGCUGCGCAAGCGUGGCAAUAAUCUGAACAAUAAGAAGUGUCGAGAGCAAUUGACGCUGCAGCAGCAGCAGAGAAGGCAGCUUAAAGCGAAGGGCGAAGAAGUGCCCUUUAUGCCACUACCAGCGGCAUGUAAAAAGAAGAAGAACGGUGGCGGGGGAAAGAAAAAUCGCCAAAACCAAAAUCAAAAUGGUAAUAACCGCAAUAGCGUUGGCGGCGAUGCAACAGGAGCAAAUAACCGACGCGGUAAGAAGUUGAAUGCGAAUGGCCGGCAAGUAGGUGGCGGUGGCGGUGGCGUGGGCAACCGUAAUGGCGGCGCAAACCGCAAGAAGGGGCGAAAUGGUGGAGCGAAUACGCAAAAGAAACUUAAAAAGCAGUCACCAGCAAAAGUUACCAGCACUACGCAAGCGACCAGCAGCAGUACGCUUACCACAGCGGCAACCACGACUACAACGCGCCAACAUACCGAUAGCACGACAGUAGCGGCGGCGCUAUCAAUGUACCCCACCACUACCGAACUUAGCAGCGCGGAAGUAGAGGAAAGUUUAGAUCCGCGUGCUGAAGCAACAAGCGUGCGGGGGGAACGUGAGCGCGAACAGCGCAAUGUACGCUACACCAACUCCAUGGAGGACGAUGUGCUACAAGCGAGCGCGGCGGUGGCGGCGGUGGCGACGGCUGAUAAUAGUUCGCGCGAAGACUCCACGGAAGCGGAAGCCAGCGAAGAGGAAGAGCGCGGUGAAGACGUUGUCGGCACACUAAGUAGCGCGUCAGAUGAAGAUGACGCCGACGACGACGCUGACGAUAUGUACGAUGAAAGUGAAGAGAGCGCAGGAGCAGCGCCGCCUGCUUCAUCGGCAGCUGCAACUGCAACACUGGCAACGAGCGGUGGCAAAGCGGCAAUGAAGCGAGCGCAGCUACUCGGCGAUGCAGACGAUUUUCUAUACUACGAUCAAUUCGAUUACCUGCCAAUUGGUCUCUGGAAAUUACUUACGUUGUACUGGCUGACACACUGGGCGCUACGGCGACGGACGUAACGAUUAUUUGCCAAAUUAUAAUAACAAUUGGACAAGCUACAAUAUGUAGAGCAACGAAAUUCUAAAUUUACACCUAUACCAAACAAACACGUCCAUAAGUAGCGCAAUUGUUGCCAUUGUAGUUGUUAUUGUAGUGCUAUCGUAAUAUUGUACCGAUUACCCGCUAACCAUUUGCCAUGUCACUACUUUCGCGCAGGAUGCUGUAUUCAUUGAAAUUCCUACAUUUUAUGAUUACCCAAAGAAUAUUAAAGCAAAUUAAAGCAAAUUAGCCAGAUUUGCAUUAACAAAAAUUAAAAGCUUGAGAAAUUUGGAAAAAAGUAGUCGAAAGCUCACGCCAUAACAAACAAUACAAUAAAUAGCUCGCACAUUUUCUAUGAAAUUUUCGCAAUUUUUUUUUACAUAAGUUGGAAAAGCACGAAAAUGCAAGCGAUGCUAACGACGUAUUUACAAAAUGAGCGUUUAAAUUUUACCAUAACAAACUUACACACUUACUUUUUACUUACCAAGCGCUUUACAUAAAGAAGUAAUAAAUUAAAAAAAUUAAAUUAAGCUAAUUUAGAGCUAAACUUUAAAAAAAGUAGUAUAUAAAAUUAGUAGAAAUUACUUUUUAAUUUAAAAAUAAAUAAGUUUUACCUAAUAUGAUGGUUCCUGCAUAUGCAAAUACAAAAAAGUAAAUAUACCGUUGCUUUAAUUUGCUACUUAGCCAUAGUUCGAUUGUACUGACGCAUUUUGUAAAUAUAUCAUCUUCAGCUUACACUUAAAAAGACUAAAAAAUAAUUAUUUUCGAGACAUGUAAUCUGUAUCAUUUUUAUUUAUUUAUUAUAAUAAAAACACUUAAAAGUAUAAAAAAAAAUAUAUAAAUUACCGUUAGAAUGAUUACUAUAAUAGAAUUUAGCACAUUUUUGCAUAUUUUUUUAAAUUGACCGUUGAAAGUAAUAUUUUUAAAAUGAUUUAAAAUUAAAACUAAAAUAUAUAUUUCAAAAAUAAAUUUCAGAAAUUCUAUUUUAUGGAGAGAGAGCUUUGUGUAUGGGCCAUACUAAGCCAAACAUAUGGAAAUGUUUCAGUAUAGAAAUGUUCUACAGCUUAAACGAAAGAUGCUUUUAACCAAACACUGUUGUAAGGUUUAAGACAUAUAUAUUUCUUUUUGGUACUAAAGUUUUAAUAAUUCAAGAGACCACGUUAUUUCUAGAAAAAAAUACAAAAAGAACUGAUUUCAUCUUUUUCGUGACCUUAACAUUUGCUUCUUAUAAAAAGAAAAAAUAUUCUACGCACUUGAAAACACAUAUAUAGACAUACACGUAAAUAAGUAGAAAAUAAUAUUUAUUGUAAUUAAGCAAGCGAAAUAAACAAAAUUCAAACACAAACAACAAGCAUAAAUGUGUAGCUAUUGUCUUAAGUAGAAUUACCAAAAUUACAUAAGUAAACAUAAAUCUAUCAAAAUCAUCCUGCAAUUAGCCAACUGCAAUAUACUUAUGUAUACUUACAUACAAUCAAAUAUUUCUAGGCAUAUAAAUUUAGAUAUAAAUAUUAUUUCCUAUUUAUAAGUAGCCGCUAAAUGUAUGAUUUAAUUGAUUGUUUAAUUAAAACUAAAUUAAGACUGAAGAAACAAUCACUGCAACGAAUAUAUGCAAUGAUUUCGUAAAUAUAUAUACAAAUCAAAACAAAAAAACAAAAACAUACGAAAAAUAACAUAAUAAAAAGCAAUAAAAACGA